AUGAUGGUUCCUGCUCGCUUGAUGUGGCUUGCCCAUGUCUUGCCUGCUGCUGCUUUGACUAUUACUGCGCCGCAGACGACUCCUGCCGCUGUGGCAUCUACUUCUACUUCCUCCAGCUGUGGAUCCGGGAAUCUGAUUGAGAAUGGCUCGUUCAAUGAUUCUGAUAUUGAGUCUGGGACUACCUGGCAGAUUCCUUCGGGGGGUAGUGUUGUGGAUGGUUAUUUACACCUAACAUCCGACCAAGUCAGCGCCCAAACCCUCAUGCACCAGUCCAUCGCUGGCACUAUCGCUGGCCAGCUUUACAAGUUCUCCAUGGAUUACCGCCAGAUCGCUGGAACUACUGGUCUUCCGGCUUCUUGUGAGGUGGAGAUUAUGCUCAAUGGCAAAAUGGAUGAGUCUACCCACGGAACCAACCCUGAGUUUGUUUCUAUCUCUACGGAGUGGGCUGCUGAUUCGACUGGGGUUGAUGUUAUCGUCACGAUUCUGUGCCCUAAUGCUGGUGACUCGGCAACUAUUGUUGAUGUUGAUAAUAUUGUGCUUGAGGGUUCUCCGUCUGCUUCGGCUUCGGCUUCGGCUUUGCCUAGCUCCCAUGGAUCUGAAGCUUCCAGCAGUGUUGCUGUUCCUAGUGGCUCUGUUGUUCCUUCUGGCUCUGCUUCCACUCUUCCCAGCUCACACGGCCCCGGCCAGUCUACCAGCGCCUCAGCAGUUCCCCCGGGCUCCCUAUCUGGCUCUCCUUCUGCCCAGCCUAGCUCCCACAGCUCUGGAUCAUCAAGCAGCGUCAGUGCCGGUGUGCCCAGCGGCCCAGUUGCUUCCCCUUCUGCUGAACCAAGCUCCAACGGAUCCUCGUCAAUUGCAAUCUCCCUGAGCAGCACCCCUGUCACCAUAAUUCGGACUCCUGUCGUCACCGGGCCCGCAAACACCGCUUCUAGUAGCGACAUCCAGUCUUCUGGCGCCGUUUCUAGCGGCAUCGGUCAGGCUACAUCCACCCAGGUCACUUCCUCCCCUGCUGGAACUCCGACUCAGGCUAUGACCACCUCCACUGUAUAUGCGACCCGCACUGAGACGAUCACUGCUUGCCCUUCGACUGUGACUGACUGCCCUGCCACCGACAAGACUACUCACAUCACCACUGAGACUAUCGCUGUAUCUACCACUGUCUGUCCCGUCGAGGAGGGGAGCACUACUACCACUACUGCUGCUGGGUCCCAGUCUACCGGUUCUGGAAACAACAACGGCAACGGCAACGGCAACGGCAACGACAAUGGCAACCAAGCCACCAGCUCAAGCACCAAAAUCACUGCCUCUGCCUCCCCAGUCGAGACCCCCGCCCCAGAGAUGACAACCUCUACCGUCUUCAGCACCCGCACUGAGACAAUCACCGCCUGUCCCUCUACUGUUACUAACUGCCCCGCCACCGAAAAGACAACCUACAUCACCACAGAGACAAUCCUCGUCUCGACAACCGUCUGCCCCGUUGCUGAGAGCAGCACCACAAUCAACGCUGCUGUGGACGCCCACACCACCGGCGCAGCUGGCAACAACAACAACGGCAAUGGAAACGGCGAGGACUACAUCACGUCAACAAUCCUCUCAACAAGAACCGUAACCGUAACUGAAUGCCCCGCCACAGUCACCGACUGCCCAGCCCGCGACAAGACGACCCACGUUAAGACCGAGACUCUCGUUGCUGGAACUUCUACCGUCCCUGUUGGAGCGAACACCGCUGCCCCGGCUAAGGCUACGACUGCUGUUAGUGCUGCUCAGAAUUCGUCCGUUCCUGUUGCUACUACCACUAUCGUCGUUGGUACUGAGACUCGGACUUCGACCGUCUUCUCUGUUGUCACUGUUACUGGUACUACUGCCGGUGGUGCUAGCGGUGCUGUUGAGACUACUGGAUCUGGAACUGAGCUUACUUUUGAGUCUGGAUCUGGCGAGGGUGCCAGUCCCGGUGCUGGUUCCAAUGAUUUGACUGUUUCCACUGGAUCUAAUACUGGCUUCAACACUGGCUCGAGCUCUGGCUCCGACUCGACCUUCAACUCCAACGGCGCAUCCCGCAUCAACAAUCCCUCAAGCCUGACCCGCGUCAUCUCAUCAACAGUCAGAGUCUCUCCCAUCGCCACACCAUCUGGAACUACCGGUGUCGACGCUAGCGCUGGUUCCAGCUCCAGCGCUGAUGCGGGUACUACCAUCACCGGCUCCAUUGGCUCUACCACCAGCAGCACUACUGUCAGCAGCAGCCCAUCGCCUGCAUUCAACAGCGCCUCGUCGCGUACCAUUUCCGGAGCUGUCUGUGCUCUUGGUGCCUUUGUUGCCGUUGCUCUUUUCCUGUGA